CAUUUUAACAUUGAUAAGGCGUUUGCUUAAAUAAUAUGGCGUCCGCAGUCUUUGGCAGUAUCGACGGCAAAAUGCACGUGAACUCUCUCUAUAUCGUUGGUUGUUUGUUGCUCCUGGUGAAACAGAGCUGCGCUGUUACCGAAACAUCGCCGCUUAUAUAUCCCUUCCAUGCUGUCGUGGACAGUAUCUUUGUGUGCUCAGCGCUGCUGAUCAGCGACCAGUACGUUCUGUGUCCAGCGCAAUGCGUCAAUGGUUCGAGUUGGGGAGCCAAAAUUUUCCUGGGCUUCAACGCGGACGCCUUCUUCCAAGGCCGCUUAUGGCAGAAGGACACCGAAGUGGCCCAUGCCAGCAACAUAAUCGUCCAUGACAAGUUCGUGCAAGUCUCCAAUGGGUCCUUUAUGAACAACAUAGCGCUGCUGCAGCUGACCAAGCGCGUUUCUUUCCGAAAAAAUAUCCGCCCAGGAGUGCUGAUGGCUAAGGAGGAGCUGCAGCUUCUUGGGGAGGUUUCCUUGAAUGUCACCGGCUGGUCCACCGACAUCGUGUCCAACCUGAGCCUCAGCGAGGCUCGCUUGCUCAAUAAAGACUACUGCAACCUGCUCUAUCAGCCCAACUAUUUCCCCAACCAGGAAGCCUGCAUGGAGUGGGAAGGCGAAAACAGCUUGACAUUAACAGGGAACCUUGUCAGCACCAAUCAAAGAGUGCUGGGCUUUGUCAUCAGACCUGCCUGCCUCUCUAAAAUCCCCCAGUGUCUAAAUCAUAACAAAAUCGUCACAAUCCCCCCAUUUCUGGACUGGGUUUCCAGACAGACGAACAUCAGCAUACAGGAAUUGACGACAUUCAAAACGGAGCAUGCUGAGCUGAUAGAGCGCAUGGAUGACCUGUUGUGGAUGUUGCAAGAGACGGACGAUCAGCAUUUUAAGGACAGCAGAAGGCUUGCAAGGAUGGACGUCACCUUGAAAGCCUUGAUGGAAGCUCUCAGGCAAAUUAGGGCCAGCAUAGAGGACGGUUGUGUUCCGUUUUUUGAACCGUAGGCUUUGUUUGAUUGAAUAAAAAUGACAGUUUUA